AUGCAUCUGCCAGCGUCGCAGGCCGUCUUUCCUGGCUCGAUCGCAUUCCUGCCAUCCAACAGCAGCGACCCCGGCCACGGUCACGACUCCGACGAUGACCUCGCGAGCAACUGGUCCUCGCUCAUCGGCAUCGUCACGGCCAUAGUCGGCAAUAUCUUGAUCGCUCUUGCUCUGAACGUCCAACGGUACGCCCAUAUCCGAUUGCACAGGCAGCGGGCACAGGCCCGGGAACGCGCGAGGCAGGCCCUCAAGCAUGCUGGCGGCGGUGGGCAGUACGGUACUGUGGCCGAGAGCGGGAACAGGGGUGAUCAUCAGAACGGAGACGACAACCAUGCGGCCAGCGCGGAGGACGAAACCGAACCUCUGGCCAACAGCUUUCAGAGCGGAGACUCGCGGUGGACUGACCGCUCCGGCGACGACGACGACGACGACGACGACGGCGAUGGCCGACCUAAAGUCAGCGGGACAUAUCUCAGGUCGCCGUACUGGUGGCUCGGGCAGAUUCUCAUCACUGUCGGAGAGAUGGGCAACUUCCUUGCCUACGGCUUUGCGCCGGCAUCGAUCGUGUCACCGCUGGGGGUCGUCGCCCUGAUAUCCAAUUGCAUCAUAGCACCGAUGUUCUUCAAGGAGCCUUUCCGGAAGCGCGACUUCUGGGGUGUCGUUAUUGCCAUCGGCGGGGCUGUCACUGUCGUUCUCAGCGCCAAGCAGCAGGAAACGAAGCUCGAGCCGCACGACAUCUGGGAUGCCAUUACCACUAUGGAGUUUGAGAUCUAUCUGGGGAUCUCUUGCUCUUUGAUUGCACUCUUGAUGUGGGCAAGCCCGCGAUAUGGAAGGAGGACCAUUUUGAUAGAUCUUGGCCUUGUCGGUCUAUUCGGUGAGUCUGGGCGGUCGAGUCUCAAUUCAGACUAUGUUCUUUGUGUUCUAACAGAUAACCUAGGUGGUUACACCGUCUUGGCGACCAAAGGUGUCUCAUCUAUGUUGUCGUCUACGCUGUUCCGGGCUUUUACGACUCCCGUGACCUAUGUCCUCCUUUUUAUCCUGCUCGCGACUGCAGUCAUGCAGGUGCGCUAUGUGAAUAAGGCCUUGCAGCGAUUCGACUCGACACAGGUCAUUCCUAUUCAAUUCGUCAUGUUCACGCUGUCAGUCAUCAUCGGCAGUGCCAUUCUGUAUCGCGACUUUGAGCGGACGACGGCAGAGCAGGCUGUAAAGUUUGUGGGAGGUUGUCUGCUCACGUUUUUCGGCGUGUUCCUCAUUACUAGUGGGCGCCCGCGGCACGACGAAGACGAAGACCAGCUCUCAGAUGCAGAAGGCAUCGAGGAAACCAUUGGCCUGUUCGAGCAGGAUCCUGCCUCCCCUCAGGCCCCCAGGCGAGCUUCCGACCACCACGAACAAAGCCGGUCGCGCCGAUCCUCAUACAAGGAUGCUGUGAACAAGCCUCUCGCCGCCUUAUCUGGUAUGGGAGUGCCAUCGCCCAGGAACUCGAUAACCGUACCGGCUAGGUCUUCCGGCCACAUUGAGGGCCCAGAUUCGCCUUCGCUCAUCGAUGUUGACAAUCCCUGGAGGGACACCCAGGGUACUCCGCCCAGCCAUCCCGGGCCGGGACAGCACGCCUUCUCUACUGAGUCUGUUGCAACCCUCUCUGGCCUCAGCUCGGCAGCCGUUUCGGACGGGUUCUCACUUCCCGCCACCCCUUCGCAGCAGGUCAACAUCCCUACCUUCCCUCACAUCCUCGGACCCAACGAGGCACCCGUGACACCCCGAGCGCCCGCGUCCUCGGCGCGUCCUCAAUCACACCACCAUCACCAAAACUUGUUCUCCCCAUCGCCGUUUUCUUCGACGGUCAGCGCCGUCGUGGCCGACAAACUGCUCGGUCCGGGGGAUAUCCCGACAGCGCGGCGCGCCUCGACGCGGAGGAGCCGCCCCAGCAUACGGUCUAGUCUAUUCGUAUCGCAGGACGAGCUCGACAACGAGGACAGUCUGUUUCCUCCCGCCGAGACCGACGAGCUACUCCGCCGCGAGGACCCGUCAGAGAACGGCGGCGGCGGCGACGUCGAGACAGAGAGGGGCUUCCGAGGACGGGCCCGCAGUCUCAGCAACACGCUCAGUGGCCUGCUGGGCGUGAAGAAGAGGAAGGGUAGCGCGGCCGCCGAUAAUACCGAUGACGAGGGAUUCCUGGACGGCCGGCGGCGGUCGGAAGCCCUGGCUAGCACUGAGACACUGUGA